AUGGCAAGGCGUUCGCCGGAGAUGAUCGUGACUAACCCGCCGGCGGUGGAGCUCGUCUACACGAAUUUCGCUUACUGCUCCCCCUUCGAUCUCCGGACUUUCCUCGUGCCCGGAUGUAGAUUGGCUUACGCUUUGUGUGUCCUUAACUUCAAUACACCGAACAUGAUGCUGUUCCAAGUGGCCGUGUUGCUCUUAAUUCAAUCCAACGUCGCCAUACUAAAGUGUCCACAGGGGAUUCAAUCUUUAUUCAUUCCCCCUGAAAAUUUCGACCUCGCGUUGCUCACCCUUGAAUUAGAGUUUUCAAAGAAAGGGACUAAAGAUGAACAGGUUGAUGCUGUUCUUUUGUCCCAGCAAAUACGUAGGAGAUUUAUGAACCAGGUUAUGACAACUGGACAAAGAGUGACAUUUGAAUAUCAUGGCAAUGGAUUUAUCUUCACCGUUAAUCAAGCUUCUGUAGAGGGACAGGAAAAUUCUAAUGGCGUUGAUAGAGGGAUGAUAUCAGCUGACACAUAUAUUAUUUAUCAAGCAUCAAAUUCAAGUGGAAUAAAGAUUGUCAACCAGCGGGAAGCUGCUAGCAGCAACAUCUUUAGACACAAAGAGUUCAAUCUUCAAUCUUUUGGUAUUGGUGGUCUGAGUGAAGAGUUUGCUGAUAUAUUCCGAAGAGCUUUUGCAUCAAGGGUUUCCCCCCCUCAUAUUGUGAAUGGACCUGAAGUGUUAAGCAAAUUCGUUGGUGAAACUGAAAAAAAUGUUCGAGAUCUGUUUGCUGAUGCUGAGCAUGAUCAGAGAACCAAAGGUGAUCAAAGCGACUUGCAUAUCAUCAUUUUCGAUGAAAUAGAUGCCAUUUGUAAGUCUAGAGGUUCUACAAGAGAUGGAACUGGAGUACAUGAUAGUAUCGUAAACCAACUCUUAACUAAGAUAGAUGGCGUGGAAUCCCUGAAUAAUGUCCUGCUUAUUGGAAUGACGAACAGAAAGGACUUACUUGAUGAAGCUCUUCUGAGGCCUGGACGCUUGGAAGUACAAGUAGAGAUCAGCCUUCCGGAUGAAAACGGUCGUUUACAGAUUCUUCAGAUUCAUACGAACAAGAUGAAAGAAAGUUCUUUCCUGGCUCCAGAUGUAAACUUGGAAGAGCUCGGUACUUGA